UAUAAAAAGCGGGAAAAUUGCUAGAAAUUGCUUAUUGAUAUAAUAAUUCUACCAAAAUAAAUAAAGUAUAUUAAUACGUUCACGCAGUUAUAAUUUAUUAAAAAUGUUUUCGAAGAGUUGUGAUAAUUGCAAGCAACCGAAAGUUACAAAGCUGCUGCCGUGCCAACAUUGUUACUACUGCUGCUUCCUUUGCCUGGUGACAACUGAGGGUAAAAUUGAUUGCCCUGUUUGUUUGGCAAGCCACGAUAGGUCGCUAAUUUUGAACUUGGACCCCCACCACAACAUGGAGGUCUCAGCGAGAAAGGAGGUAGCUGAAGAAAAACCAGCCAAGCUGCACUCAUGUGAGAUAUGUGCGAAUAAACCCGUGGACGCUUGCUGUGUUGACUGUGGACGAAUCUUCUGCUCUGGCUGCAUCGAGUUCCACAACAAUGUAGAAAGCAACAAGACACAUGUUAUCAUUCAAGUCGAAACAGCCCUAGGCGAAGAUUUCUUGGCUAAAUACAAUGAGCUUUUAUCGAAAGUUGAGCUGGAAGCUGAAAACAUAAAAUCAGAAAUUAGUCAGUAUGAAACGUUGCGAGAGAAGAGCCAAGAAAUACUGGAAAGUUUCCAAGUGGACGAGGACUCGGAGAAAUCAGAAAUCCUCUCCACGAUUCAAACUAAAGGCGAUACUGCAAAAAACAAAAUUAACUGUCACGUGGCAGAAGAAAUAAUCAAAGUGGAAAAAUAUUUUGAAAAUAUUAAAAACGAACGUCUGAAUUAUCAAGGAACCGCCAAAAACUUGAUAAAAGAUUUAGAGUCCCAAAUUGACUCACUGAAAGAAACCUUGGAAACUCUGGACGUAAACACUAUUACAGACUACCAACCUCCAGUUUUCUCAAAGCCAAACUGUCCUUACUAUAAACCAAAAAAUGGCAAAAGACUGAUGUCUCCGAGUCCACAUAGUAGCCUCACAGUUCCCGAAACGUUUGACCAGGCAGUUGAAAAUGUAAAUAAUUACAUUGGGGUCUUCGAUUUUCAUGGCUCCACGAUGAAAAAAUCAAAAAGUUCAUAAUCGUACGUUAUUUUUAGAUUAUCUUGUAUAAGUAUUUCUGAACAUUUUAUUUCAUUUGAUAUACCCCACUAUUCAAAGGCGAAAUUUUUUGUGUUCUUUUAGUGUACAAUAUGUUAAAACUUUAAAAAAUAGUUGUUCUUUUUAUCUGUUCAUACAUUAUUAUCGUUACAAGACAAACAUUCUUAGAAUUUUUUCAUUCGUAAAAAAAUUGUAAUAACAUCAUUUAUUUUGCUUCCAAUGACAGUAUUAAAUAAGAAAUUUUUUGAAUUAAUCACGGUUUUUGAUAAUUGUUCACUCUGAUAUCAAAUGUUUUUAACUGAUUUUUCAAAUUUAUUGGGUUUUAUUUGAUUUGAUUGAAGUAAUCACUA